AUGUCUUACAACAACAACGACCGCGACGAGCAGAGCUCCUAUGGCCGUGGGAACGACAACACGUCGGGCAGCUAUGGCAACCAGUCGUCUAACGACGACUCCUACGGCUCCAAGAAGUCAAGCUACGGCUCCAAUGACAACGAAAACUCUUAUGGGUCUUCCAACAAAACCUCAGGCUACGGCAACAGCGACAGCAAUGACACAUACGGCUCGAAGAACACCUCCUCUGGCUAUGGUUCAUCGAACCGCGACAACGACCGCGACGAGCAGAGCUCCUUCGGCCGUGCUAACGACAAUACGUCUGGUCGCACUGGCAACGAUGACUCUUAUGGGUCUUCGAAUAAGACCUCCGGCUACGGAAACAGCGACAGCACUGACACAUAUGGCUCGAAGAACACUUCCUCGGGCUAUGGUUCAUCGAACCGCAACAACGAUGAUGAUGAUUCCUAUGGAUCAACUAAGAAGUCGAGCGGCUUCGGCAGCAAUGAUAACGAGGACUCUUCCUAUGGUUCAGGCAACAAGCAGUCCUCCUACGGCUCCUCCAACAACGACAAUGAUUCUUAUGGAUCAACCAAGAAGUCGAGCGGUUUCGGGAGCAACGACAAUGAGGACUCUUCGUACAGCUCGGGCAACAAGCAGUCGAACUUUGGUUCUUCCAAUGACGACUCCUACGGCUCUGGCAAUAAGUCGUCCAGCUACGGCAACACCGACAACGACACAUACGGCUCAGGCAACAAGAAGUCCGGCUAUGGAGAUGAUGACAACGACAGUGGCAAGCAGUCCAUUGGCAGCAAGAUCAAGGACAAGUUGCACUUGGGCAAGAGCGGCGGCGACAACGAUGAUUCGUACGACUCCAGCCGCCGCAACGACAACAACUACUAGUCUAUUGUCGACAUUCCGAGAUAUUUCAGAAGCUGCAGCUUUAGCUAGGUAGAUAGAUCCAGAGAACGAAUCAGGUUC